AUUUAUAAAUACAUGCCUGAAGUCUUUGGUGGUUGAGAAGUAUGGUGAAGAAACGUGGGAAAAAUUAAGACUCCAGGCUGGAGUCCAGGAUUCUUUCUUGACUUUUGAGGUGUACAAAGAUGAGAUCACGAUGCAGCUUGUUGACAAAGCCUGCAAAAUAUUAGGUGUUCCUGCUGACAUGGUUCUGAGAGAUUUUGGAAAGUAUUUCUUUGAAUUCUGUAAACGCUCAGGCUAUGACCACAUGCUGAGGACACUGGGUGGAAAUCUCUACGAGUUCAUAGAGAACCUAGAUGCAUUGCACAGCUACCUGUCCCUUUCUUACCAGGAGAUGAAUGCACCAUCCUUUAGAGUAGAAAAGAAUGAAGAUGGGUCAAUGCAUUUACACUACUAUUCAGAUAGAAGAGGUCUGUGCCACAUUGUGCCAGGAAUCAUUGGUGCAGCAGCCCUGGAUUUUUUUAACAUUGAGAUUUCAAUGGAAAUAGUCAAUCAAACCGAGGAAGAAGAAAGAACUGGGAAAAAAGAACAUAUUGUUUUUCUUGUCACUCAAAACCCUGUAUUCUCGUACAAGGAAAGAAAUAUAUUUUCUUCCUCAUCUCAAUAUCUUACUGAUUCUGAAAAAAAAAUUGAGAACCAACUGAAUAAAGAGGGCCUUGAAAAAGCCAAGAAUACAGUUAGAGACAGAGGAAACUCUGUUUGUCCUGUCAAGAAAAGUCACUGGAAAACAGUAAGAGGAAUAAUCACACUAGGAAAAGGUAAGCUUCUGAGAGGAUUUGAUCCUGUUUAUCCCAAGAGCCUCUGGAUUGACACAAAAACAUUUUGCAAUGGACUUCCUUUUCAUAUGGUUUUUGACAAAGAGCUCAAAGUGAAGCAAGCUGGGGUGAGCAUUCAAAAGAUUGUACCUGGCCUACAGACCGUGGGCGUCUGCUUGGAUCACUAUUUCAGUAUCGUUCACCCAGAAGUACCCUUCACCAUCUCUAGCAUUCAGAAAUUCAUCAACAGCCAAUUUGUUUUCCAAACUAGAAGAGAGAUGAUGCCACAGUCAUGGAAACAACGGCCAAUGCUAGAGCUGAGAGGCCAGAUGAUCUGGAUGGAGUCCUUGCAGUGCAUGCUCUAUCUCUGCUCACCUUUGCUUCGCACUUUGCACGAGCUGGAGGAACGACAGAUGCAUAUUGCAGACAUUGCACCUCAUGACGUGACCAGGGAUUUGAUUCUUCUCAAUCAGCAGCGACUAGCAGAGAUGGAGCUCUCUAACCAGCUGGAGAGGAAGAAGGAAGAACUGCGGAUACUGUCAAAGCACCUGGAGGAAGAGAAGAAAAAGACUGAAGCUCUGCUCUAUGCCAUGCUUCCUCAGCACGUGGCCAACCAGCUGAAAGAGGGGAAGCGAGUUGAGGCAGGAGAGUUCAAGGAGUGCACUAUAUUGUUCAGUGAUGUUGUGACCUUUACCAACAUUUGUGCCCAAUGUGAGCCUAUUCAGAUAGUUCUCAUGUUAAAUUCAAUGUACCUGCGAUUUGACAGACUGACCACAGUGCAUGAUGUGUACAAGGUGGAGACAAUUGGAGAUGCCUAUAUGGUAGUAGGUGGUGUUCCUGUGCCUGUACCCACUCAUGCUGAGCGAGUUGCUAACUUUGCCUUGGGGAUGAUAAUAGCAGCUAAAGGAGUACAGAACCCAGUUUCUGGAAAUCCGAUCCAAAUCAGAGUUGGGAUCCAUACAGGUCCUGUCUUGGCUGGAGUUGUUGGAGAAAAGAUGCCUCGUUAUUGCUUGUUUGGAGACACGGUGAAUAUAGCUUCCCGCAUGGAGAGUCAUGGUGUCCCAAGUAAAAUUCAUCUAAGCUCCAGUGCCUAUCAAUGCCUAAAAUACAAGAAUUUUGAGAUCACUGAAAGAGGAGAAAUAGAAGUAAAAGGCAAAGGGAAAAUGCACACAUACUUCCUUGUUAGAAAUAAAACUGCAACUGAGAAUGAGAUUAUGGGAAGGCCAAUGAAGGACUUGGAUUCUGGCCAUGAAACUGUUCAGUCAUUUCUAGAAGUUACUCAAACUCAGCCAGAGAAGGAUCAGACCCCAGCCAUUGCAAUGAAGUAUAUUGAUAACCUCACAGAUGCUCAAAACAGCCUCAAAAGAAGAAAUCAAGCUAAAAUUGCAGAUUUAACAGGCAAAACUUACGAUUCCAGAAGUGAUGGGAGUCUCCAUGGCAACCAGCAUGCAGAUGAUGCUCCUUGUCCUCUAAACCGGGGAAGAGUCAAACCUGCUACUGAAGAGCCACAGAUUAGAAAUGUUCGCUCUAAUUUUUGCACUUUACUCUAA